AUGACCAAUUUCCUCCCAUGCAAUGGAACCUGCCAGGACAACUUCUUUCCACUUGCCCAAUAUCUCCCAGCAACCCACCCCCAAAACUCUGUCAAAAAAAUUCCCGCUAUUCGGAAUUGCAGAAGUGGUGAUUUACAUUGUUCUUCUCCUCCUAUAUGUUUGGCUGAGGCGCUAGGCGAAGAGGAAGAAGAGGAGGAAGAAGGCGUAUACGUAUUACAUAUGUACCUUUCGAUAAGCGGUAGAUAUGUGGAACUGAGCAAGAGAGAGGAAAUUGUGGAAAGAGUUAGGAGGAUUGUUGCUAUUUGA